AUGUCGAAUGAGGAGCUGAGGGAGUUGACUGCGAGCGAGCCGUUGACUUUGGAGGAGGAGUACGAGAUGCAGGAGAAGUGGCAGCUGGAUGAAGACAAGCUGACGUUUAUCGUUCUCUCAAGAGAGGACGCGUUGUUCGACGAAGAUGAAAUUGUGAAACCGACAGAUCCGAGGCUGACGGUGUGUCCGAUGGUUGGAGACGUGAACCUAUUCUUGUACGGGUCGUUGGAAAGCCUACGAAGGCCACUGGCGUCCAAAGAUGAAGGCGAUACAGAGGAAGAACAAUCAGAAGAUGAUGACGGGCAUGCUGAAGUGGAGAUUAUGAUUGCAGAACCAUCAUACAGACGAAAGGGCUACGCUUUGCAAGCGUUACAGUUGAUGCUGGGCUACGCAACAGGUUGCCAUCUCGGUCCACAAUGCACCAAUGCAGACCAAGAAAUCGACUCGCCAUUGAAGAUUGACCCGACCCGGUUGUUGACUCGGAUAUCAGAGGGCAACACGCCCAGCAUCAGGCUCUUCGAGCGGUUAGGUUUUCAGAUAACCAAGAGGGUCGCCGUCUUUGAGGAAGUGGAAAUGAGGUGGAAGACUGUGAAAGGCGAACAGUAA